GGGUUUUGUGUUCGCCGUUUUCCAUCUUUAAUCUCUACUCCUCCGCCGGCAUUUUCCGGCGAAGACGCCUACAUCUGCCUCAGCGUUUUGGAACCCUUUCAAAUACUUGUAUAAGUUUAGUCAGUGAGAGGAAAAAUCAUGGUGAGAAAAAGCGGCAAGUUCAAGAAGAAGGAAGAUAAUGGCCGUCCCAAGAAAAAAAAUUCAAUUCGAUUUGAUUCGGAUAAUGAAGACAUGAUGGACGACGACAUUGAUGUUUUCCACAAGAAAAGGGAUGUUGUACCACUGAACAUACACGAGGAUGUGGAAGAAUCCGACGAGGAUGCCGAGCAGCCUGUGCUUGAUUUUGAGGAUGAUGAUGAGGAAGAUGCACACACUGACGAAGAUAAGCCGCCAAAGGGUCUGGCUGCAAAAAAACACAAAAAUUUUUGCGGGCUAAAUUUGGCGAUGUUGAGGAUGGAAUUCUUGCUGAUGCUGAUGAAGAAGAACCAGGAAGGGAUUUUUGGGGUAAAAAAAGUGACCUGUAUGGUGCUGAUGUUGGCAAUGAGCCACAAUCAAGUGAUGAUGAAGAUGCUGCUGAAGAGGAGGAUGCAGUUUUGAAACGACAAAUGACAAUAGCGAAUAAUCUAUCAAUGGAGGAUUAUGGUGUUGUAGAUACUAGCCAAGAUGAGACAGAUAGGGAGCUCACGUUUCAGGAAAUCCUGGACAAUGGAAAUGUUCCAUCGAAAGCUUCCCUCGACAAAGAAAUCAAGGUUGAAGAAGGAAUGACAUAUGAAAUAGUAAAGAAAGAUUUAAAUACAUUGACAAAGGAAGAGCAAAUGGAUGUUGUGUACAGGUUAGUUUUGUUUUCAGUAUCCUGAUCAUCCUGGAAUAGCUGUCCUAAUUAGGGAUGGGAUGGCUUGUGACUUGGUAUAGUUUUCAUCUACAUCAGUUGUCAUUGUAUGCAUGUAUGAUAUUCAAUUGAGACUUUUAAAUUGUAUCAAGUACAUCACCAACUUACAAAUUUUCACAAUUAGAACAACCAACUUUCUAUAAAAUGGAUACAAAUCUGAUGCACACAGAGCAAACUUAGCCUAAAUGAUGCCAUUUUCUUCUGAUCAAUUUUACCAAAAUUAUGUUGAUGCCUUUCCAUCACAUAUACCUGAAUUUUGUUUAAUUAUUUUAUUGCAAAAAAGCGA